AGCAUCGUCGAACGGUGGUGACCUCACUUCCGUUCUCCUCCGGACGGUAUUUGUUCUAAUAGCUACGGCCUUUAAAAAAAAAUCCCACAGUAUCGGGUUUACUAGCAGUCGCAGCUGUGGCGCUUCAGCGGAAGUUAGGGAAUGACAACCUGACACAGCCGUUUUGUCCGUACAACAAGAUGGCUGCGCUCAGUGUGGACUCGAAUCGCUCAGGAAAAACCUAAACUGGAAAGCGAGUAUGAAUUUCAGUUCCAGUUUCUCAGAGACUGUUCUUAAAAAGGAGAGAAUGUGAUGUCUGUGGUGCAUCAGCUGUCAGUUGGGUGGCUACUGGAUCAUCUUUCCUUCAUCAACAAUGCUAGUUACCAGCUUUGCCCCUCCUGCCAGUGCCCUGCUCCCUCAGCUUCUCACGUUGCUCCUGUUUCUUCUGCUCCUUCUACAGAGGAUAUUAUUGCUCCUUCCACUGUUGAUACUACUUACUCUACUGGAGCUGCAGUAGAGAGAACAGGGGCAACACUAAAGAAAAAAUAUGUGUUUCGGGAAGAGUUCUUUCAUGUUUUUAAGCCCCAUAUAGUUUCAACUUCCGAACAGAAGCCCCAGCAAGAAAGCUCUGAUGCUGGUCCGAGGGAGGGGAAAGGCAGUGACAAUGGAACAGAGCAGCACGAAGGAGCCAAGAACAGCGAUGGGGAUCCGAUUGCCAGUGCUAGAAAGAAACGUAAAAGAAAGUGUAGUGUGUUCAACCAAGGUGAACUGGAUGCUUUAGAAUACCACACAAAGAUCAGGGGUCUGAUACUGGAAGGCACCAGAUGUUUAAUCAAAGAAGGACUCAAAAGUGGUUUUCUUCACCCCAUUUCUGCAAAACAAAGUAGCGUCAAGAAUGUUGUUACAGGACAUGUUGGCUGUGAGAUGGCUGAAUUAUGUGAAAUGGCAAAACGUUUUCCUUCUGUGAAUGAAAAUGACCAUCGAUCUGCACAAAUUAUAGAUGAGGAAACAUCCAUUUCAGACCAGGAUCUGCUUUCAUGCGUUACAGAGAACAAUACAGACUAUGCAAAGAUAAUAAAUUUAAUGGGGCAGAAGUACCUGGUGCCACCAAAAAGCAGUUUCCUUUUAUCUGAUAUUUCCUGUAUGCAACCACUUCUGAAUUAUAAGAAUAAAUAUGAUGUAAUUGUGAUAGAUCCACCAUGGCAGAACAAGUCUGUUAAAAGAAGUAACCGAUAUAGCCACUUGUCUUCAUGGCAAAUCAAGCAAAUUCCCAUACCAUCGCUAGCUGCUCCAAAUUGUCUUGUGGUCACAUGGGUGACCAAUAGACAGAAGCAUCUACGUUUUGUUAAGGAUGAACUUUAUCCUUAUUGGUCUGUGAAGACUCUUGCUGAGUGGCACUGGGUGAAAAUUACCAGAUCUGGAGAAUUUGUAUUUCCAUUAGAUUCUUCCCACAAAAAACCCUAUGAAGUUCUUGUGUUGGGGAGAGUUCAAGGAAGUAUAGAUUUGCCAUUAAGGAAAUCAGAUGUGGCAGUACUUCCAAUUCCAGACCACAAAUUAAUUGUCAGCAUACCCUGCACUCUUCAUUCACACAAGCCUCCUCUUACUGAGAUUCUGACAGAAUAUAUCAAACCUGAUGCAGAAUGUUUGGAGUUGUUUGCUCGCUGCCUGCAGCCUGGUUGGACCAGUUGGGGAAAUGAGUUUUCAGUCUAUGUAGAUGGCAAGGACAGUAAAGAAGAAGCUGUGAAAAAUUGCUUCCAAGACAUAGUGAUAAUUCAGAGAUACAAGGAUGACAGCUGUGAAUAUGCUCUGGGUAUUGUGUUCAUCAACCUUAACACAUCAUUUGAGACUUACCAUUUUACAUUUGUAUUUAAAUAUAAAUUAUUGAUAAAGGUGGGCAAGAUCUGAGAUCAUAUUUAUCCG